CGCCCCCACGCACGCUCCGCGCACGCGCAGGCCGCGACAGCUGCGGCAGAGCCCAUGGCGUCCGAGCGGCUCCCGAGCCGGCCCGCCUGCCUCCUCGUGGCCAGCGGCGCCGCGGAGGGUGUGUCAGCCCCGUCCUUCCUCCACUGCUUCACGCUGGCCAGCUCUGCCUUCAACCUGCAGGUGGUCACCCCUGGGGGGAGGACCAUGGACUUCGUGGACGUGGACGAGAGCAAUGCACGCUGGGUGCAGGACUUCCGCCUCAAGGCCUACGCGAGCCCUGCCAAGCUCGAGUCCAUUGACGGUGCCCGGUACCACGCCCUCCUGAUCCCCAGCUGUCCCGGGGCCUUGGCCGACCUAGCCAGCAGCGGGUCCCUGGCCCGCAUCCUGCAGCACUUCCGCUCCGAGAGCAAGCCCAUCUGUGCGGUUGGCCACGGGGUUGCCGCCCUCUGCUCUGCCACCAAUGAGGACGGGUCCUGGGUGUUCCAAGGCUACAGCGUGACCGGGCCCUCCGUGUACGAGCUCGUCCGGGCACCUGGCUUUGCCCGCCUGCCCCUUAUCGUGGAGGACUUCGUGAAGGACGCUGGCGCCAGCUUUAGUGCCAGUGAGCCUGGUGCCAUGCAUGUCGUGCUGGACCGCCACCUCGUCACAGGCCAGAACGCCAGCUCCACCGUCCCGGCCGUACACAGCCUGCUCUUCCUCUGUGGCAGCCGGAAGUGAGGCAGUCCCUGCUGAGCCCGCCUACCUGUCAGUGGCCCUAUUGCUUCCAGAUGGCCCAGCGGUCCCCAGAGGCAGCCGGAAUCCUCAGGCCUCCAGGCACCCUGCCUCCAUGACAGCCCAAGAGUGACUCACAUACCCUGACCAGGCCGGUGGAAUUGUAGAGGCCUCCAGGGACCAGCCCUGAGGGGUGUCGGCUCUGGGGAGACAAGAGCCAUCAGGUGCGGCUGCACUGGCUGUGGGGAGGGCUCAGGGACCCCGUGGAGAGCCGGCACACAGUGAGUGGGUGCGGGCAUUCCAGGGGGCUUGGCCCCUCUGGUCUCCCACUCUGCCUGUCCCCGUGCAGCCAGGUGAGGGGUGCUGAGCCUCCCGGGAGCACAGAUGACCGUGAUGGGUGGGUGGGCAGGGAUGGGCGGAGGCACCGGAACUUGUUUCUUGUAGUACGAGUUGCAUCCAGGCCUAUGCACUACCCCUUCCCUUGGGGCGUUGCUCGGCUGUGUGGAGAGGGGCCAGCUGCCUGGAGCUUGCUCAGCACUUUGGACUGAGGUCAAAGGUGAAGGAAUCUUCUGGCCCCAUAGUUCCCAGCCCCAGACCCGCCGGAUUUUACACCCUUGCCUUGUGCAUGGUGACCCCAUGUAAGGCCGGCACGGCCCUCAGUGGACAGGGCAGUGGUGCUGCACCCUCUACAUGGAGACCCCAGGGGCUGGCACAGCCCUGCGCGUUCCCAGCCUGUUGGCAGCUGCUGCGCGGUUUCAGGGUGAAGAUAAGCAGGGGCUCCACUUGGAAGGUGGCCUCACGUGUGGCCCCCCAUAUCUGCAGGGAUGGCAGGCAGACCUCACCCUCCGGCCCUGGACAGGCCUUUGCUGGGCGUGCCAGGCGGCUGUCCGCUUCCCCCGCCCGCCCCUUGCAGCCUGAUCACCCUCGGGCACCCCCAGGUGCCUGGCUGGGCUGUAGCCUUCAGGCGGGGCCCCUGUAUGUCCCCCACCUUCUCCCACCCCCCCCCCCCGUACCUGGCCUUGGGGAAUCUGCUGCUUCCGGCCCCACUGGACCGAGCUCACGCUCUGGACACUCCUGUCGGGCUCCUGACAGCCCUGCUGCCGGCCGUGCACACAGCAGCCCAGCCCAGACAGCUGGCCCAUGUCUGCGGGUACCACGCCUGGACCCAGGGCUGCAGAUCCAGGCGUGAGGCAGGCUCUGCUGGAAUGCACAGCCUGGGCCCUGGGUGGCCGCUGUUCCAAGGUGAUCUCCCCGGCAGCUCAGUCCUGAGUCCCCGAGGUCCAGGGCACGGCCAGGGAUGGGGGGCCGCCAAGAGGCUGGGAGGAGCACAUGAAAAUACCAGCAGGCGGGUGGGUUUGAGGCCUGGUUUCCCUGCCUGUGCUGCCAGAUUUCCCCACACACCCAGGAUGUUUACAACAGACCCCGACAUGCACCCAAGAGAAAUAAACACCGCCUCCAGAGACGGUGUAGGUACAUCCA